AUGCGUCCCGUUUAUUUCAUUCUGGGAGCAUUUUUCUUCGGAACUCAAGCGGCUCCUCCUGGACUAACCGCCGAUGACUCCGUCAACAUCGUCUCCAAGAUUAUCGGUAUUUUUACUCAGAAAAUGAUGCUCAACGCCGUCUGAGGUUCGUUUCAGGGCUCCAAUUCAAUAAAUUUGACGCACUUCUUCACUUCGUUCGACAUGCCGACGUGUCUGAAACGAUGUAUGCCGGCAAUGGACAGCAUCGGAACGGUUCUGACGGCUUUCAAACAGCCGGAAGAGAUCAAGAAGCUGUGUUCGAAUCUGACAGAAGCGACGAAGUGCGCGACGGCCGCCGGCUGCAACGAAGUCUUUGUCGGAGCGAUUUCAAACGCUUUUCAGUUCAUGUGCAUGGAUAACUUGGACAGUAAGUCAGAUUUUUCAAAACUUCGUGAAACAUUUGUUUGUUUUCAGAAGUCUCUGGUCAGUUGGCAUGUAUUCAAGACUCAGCCGGUGACUUGCAGCAAGAAUGCGAAGCCACGUGCGCCGUGCAAGCCGAUGUGAUCGAAAACGCUAGAAAGAAUACAGUUGACACAAUAUUUACCCUCGAGAAAAUGUGCAAUUCGACAAGCUGUCUCGUCGACUGUUAUCAGGACAACAUCCAGAAGUAUUGCGAGAUUGGCGAGGAUAAUGUGAUCGACACGAUCUUCUCGCAACUCGAAGCGAUGGAGGAGCAGCAACAGCCGGCCAUCUUUGCCUAUAUGAAAAAGGACGACAAAAAGAAAACCGGACUGCAAAAGAUUCUUGGAUGGAUGAUGCCGCACGGAUGCGACGACGAGAAGCUCAAGAUCAAGUUGACGAAAAAACCGACUCUUACGGACAAGCCGAAGAACGUCGGAUCGCCCCCAGAAGCGGCGAAAGAAGCACCGAGCCAGAAGACGUCGCCGUCAGAGACUCGCAACAAUUCCACCGAUUCGGACGCUCUUUUGAAAGCGAAACCUGCAAAUGUGUCCUCGGCUGCGAUGAUGAUCAAUGGAAAAGUGCAGACAUUGCAGUGCGAAGUGUUCGAUUCCAAGGGAAAUGCCCAGAAUGCGCCCGAUUUCGAGUCUCUUGCCAAGAUUUUGAUGGUUUGAUUUUGACGUUCUUUGGUAAAUUCCAAUUCCCAAUCUAUUCUUUUCAGGAGCACUUCCACAUGAAACUGCCUGCAAAGCCUGUCGAGCCAGCCGUCAAAUCCGCCCCGGAGAGAGAAUGCCACGAAGUGUCCGAAUCACAAUCCAAAAGCUCCGGAGCCGCCACCGCCGUCAUUUCGAGCAUCAUUCCCCUGGUCGCUUUGAGAAUUUUGUAA